UUUUGCUUAUCAGCAGUUAGCUAACAACGAAAACUAAUAUGCUGCCUAAAAGAAGGACUCUGUGCAAACGACGAUUGCUAACAUCUCAGGAGAAACAGAUUUGCGCUAGGGUGUGGUCAAUACGGUUCGAUAGAGGAGAAGACUGGGCGAUUCGGCAGCUGGAGGCCAUUGACUGGGACGUUGACCUGGACGAGGUGAAGAUUGACGCAAAGGCAAGCUCGCAAGGCGAGAUCAAGAUAGCUGAAUUGGCUCGCAAGUUCGGUAAAACGAAUUCCGAGGUAUGGGAGCUCCUAGAUGAAAACGAGUGGGACAUUGCUAAAGUACGGGAUAGACUAACUGCGUCGCCCGCGAAAAAUCGAAAUGUCUAUGAGCAGGUUGAUGACGGCUUACCUGACUGCCCAGCCAUUGAUGGUUCGGCUUUCAAACUUAUGACGUUUGCGUCUCGCAUGAAAUCGCGAUUGCAGUUGCUGAAGAGGAGGCUAGACUAG